AUGGAUUACGGCGCUUCAGGUGAACUUCAGAUACAUUCGGCGGGCUUCGGCUCGAUUGAGGAACUACUUGUCGCUAGUGUCGAACAGUGUGUGGAGCUUCUGAUUGCUGAGCUGACGAUCCUCACAAAGUCGCGUUCUGGCAGACGUAGGGUCGUGGUAUCACGCCCGAAAAUAACUGAAAUAUGA